CCCACAGCUGCUGCCUGCCGAACAGGAGCCGAGAAGAAGAAGAAGCAGCUAACUUUAUCCUCCCUGCCUCCACGAGCCCACAGGUCUUUCUUUGUUAUGUUUAAAUAUUCUAGCUUUCGCCAGGAGUUCACCACCAGAGUGCGUGCGCCAGGAACGGUCGAGCUCGCUGACGUUUUGGAUAGAAAGAGAAACAAGGAAGAGAGGAAAGAGUAGGACAGGCGGCUCAAAGUUGACACUUCGUCGUUAUGUUGCGUUUUUGUUGAGUACAGUGUGUGUGUGUGUGUGUGUGUGUGUGGGUGUGGGUGUGGGUGUGUGUAGUGCGUUACAGUGGGCAGCGUGCUACUGGCGGAAGGUAGGUUCAUUUUAACUUAACAUUAUUCCUUAAAUGCAUGUUGCUGCGCUGCUUCCCGAGACGGUGUCCCACAGAGCAGCCUUUUAGUAAAACACACCUGUGUUUUUAAAUGUCGUGUCCCUUGGGCCCACUCCUCAUUUCCUCUUUAAGUUGGAGAGGAGUCACUAAGUUCACCCAAACUUUCGUCUCUGGUCCCAGAGGUUUCUGUAAAAACCAUGAAGGAGUGAGCGCUGGGUAGAGAUGGCAGAGCUGGAGAUUGACCAGUCCAACCUUCCACGUGUCAGAGAAGUUUGCCAGAGUUUUGCUGUGCUGGAGGAUGGAGUGUUGGCACACAGCCUGCAGGAGCAGGAAAUUGAGCAGUACUACACCACCAACAUCAAGAAGAACCAGCUGGUGCAGAAUGACAUUCGUGUAGCCAAGAGGAUGCAGGACGAAGAGGAGGUGCACCUGGCAGAGCACAGUGCUCUCCUCAGACAGACAUCCAGACAAAUGGAAGAGCAGGACUUUGAGUAUGCUCGUGAGAUUCAGGAAGAGAUCCAACGGUGUGCCGAGGAGGAUCGCAGGAGGGAGCUGGAUGAUGAGGAAAUGGCCAAACGACUACAGGAAGAGGAGGAGGGGAGGAGGAGCAGAGGGCAGGAGUCUCCUAGUGAAGGCAGCUCCAGUGACCCGGCGCUGUCGGCUCCUCACCAGCACGCCUUCAGCAACCACAGGGAGGGGCGUUACUCUCCCACCGCCGCUAGGUGGCGGUGUUCGCCUUCUCACAAUGGUCCAUCAUUAACUGGGGCUCAGUCUGUCUCCCCCAGGAGGAGAUCCGCUCACAUAAACCCUACUUCAUGGUCAACCCAAGGACACACAGACUCCAACUGGCCAAUCGGGGAUGAAGUGAGAGAGUCAGAAGAUUCAGAGGACUCUGACACGGUUUUUAACAAACAGCUCUCACUUUGGUCGCGGAGGUUGUAUGAAAGGCCGGACGCAACAAAUCCCCAGCAGAAAGCAUCUUUACGACAGCUGCCUGAGAAAAAAUACAGACGCCCCUGCUCUCGCAGCAGCUUAACGGGUGAGGUUAAACAGCCUCGGGAGGAGAGGAAGGACUGCUGGGAAAAUGGUGAUUUACAAAACCGAGUGUUGGCGACUCGGCGUCCAGAAAUAAGCCACAGAGAUGAGUAUGAGAACUGGCACAGGACGUGGAGUCAGAAUACAGACAGGUCAACAGAGGUCAGGGAUGGGCGAUGUCGCAGUGAGUCAGUCCGGCUCCACAACAGGAAUAGGCCCAAAAACGGAGACCUGUCCAGGACCUGGAGCUACAAGGACACUCCCGAUAAACGUGUCCGAUUCCAGGAAGACGACAAGCAGGACUGCAAGCAGAGGAGUGAAAGCAACAGAGUCUGGGAGAUGCUCGGCCACAUUCUCGAGGAGAGGGGUGUGCCUGUGAGGAUCUGGGGCAGCGGGGCUCCACUACAAAUAGGGCCUCAAAGCCGAGACAGCCAGGUGCUUCAUGGGAGUGAGGUCUCCUACGGCGACUCCCAACCACAUCAGAGAGCCUUCCAGAGAGCUGGCGCCACCAGGCACAGUUUCCAUGGAGACAUCAGGGAGAGGCGGAGGUUGUCACACCGAGAGAACAGUGGGAGAGAUCAGAGAGAGGACCCACACAGGCACCACCUUAAUGGAGAGGUGUGUGAGAUGAAUAGGAGAGACUCUUACAUCGUUAACGGAGAACAACGGGGCAGCAAAAGGUGGAAGGAGCACAAAUACACCAACAGUGAUGAGAAUGGAGACAGAAGCUCCAGUGGAAACGGAGCGAGGCGGACGACGAGUGAGCGCAGGCACUGGCACAGGAUCAGAGAAGAAAGGUUGAGCUCUGAGGAGGAGCAGGAGGUGGAGAGACGAGUGGAGCGUCCCAGACGAAGAUCACUGCAGCGUAGCCAAAGCCUCCGCAGCAGCAGACAUGGGUCAAAGCGUGAAGCAGCAGGAGCGUGUCUGGAGGCGGAGCCUAGAGAAGCAGGCCUUUACCUGGGGGAGCUUCAACAGGUCCUACAGGAUGAGGAGCUGGCCCGCAGGCUUCAGGAGGAAGAGGAGAAGCUGAUGAAGAGGGUUUCCCCGUCACCUCCGCGUGGUUUAUAUCCAGCAGGAGAUUUUAGAGUCGCACAGGUGGCACAGGAUGAGGAAAUUGCUCGUUUUAUGCAGAAGCAGGAAAUGAAGUCUAAGCGAAGAUCUCGUGAGCUUGAAGGCCCGGGGUCUUGGCAUGAGCACAGAGCAAUGAUUAGUCAGCAUGACAGGCGAGCUGCCAGAGAGCGACAGGUCCAGAGAGAGAGACUCGACUCUGAGGGCCUCCCGUCUCCGACGGAAGACUGCUUCCCGGAGAACCAGCCACCCAGUCCUGUCACCACUAUGCCAAAAGCCCAAGAGGUGAGAAAUGUGGCUGAAGAGUUGGACCCGACCUUCCAGGCCAGAAGGCAGAGCACAGGGAACUUCCCAACCGGACACGCGGACCCGUCCAGCAGCUCCCUUCCCGUAGCGCCGUCUGGCUUACACGACUUCCUUGAAGAACCCACGUUCAUCCCUCCAACAAAACGGCAAACCGAAAAGCCAGCAAGGAGCAGACCUAAAGAGAAGAAGGAAGGCUGCAAGCAGCAGUAAUAAGGAAGGAAUCGGAUUUCUUGUGGAACACACAUCAUCACGUAGCUGGAGUUCUCGUUGCUUUUGACUUUACUGUUGAAAUUGAAACGAACCCUCUUGCACUUUAGAGUGGUGAGACGAGUUUCAGGUGACGAUAAUGAGUACCGAUUACAUCUUGGACUGGCACCGUGAGAAUUUCCAAAGGGAAAAUUUGGGUUUGUUGAAGAUUGUUAAAUAUUUAGUGGUUGUUUAACAGUAAUAUCAUUUAUUUGUAAUAUUGUUGUCUUUUACUCCACACACUGUCAGCAACCAAAGGGAUUUCUGCACUAAUGUUGGCUUGGAUGUCUACAGAAAACUAACCGUCCACCAAGUGGUCUCAUAAAUAUGAGCUCGGCAUCAGUUCAGUGUUGUUAAAAUACGGUGCAGCUCAGAAAGAACGGUGUUUGGCCGAACCAGGCUGCUGGCGGGUAGCUGUGGCCCUUCUGUGGGCUCUGCAUGUUCUCCUGCAUCGAUCCAAAAACGUUGAGCCUUCAGCGUGCCACUCUGCCACAGGCUUACCACACGUCACAUGGCUGCAGCGCGGUCCAGCCGUCGACGUGCAUCCCCAUCCCAACUACCCGAUCCUGAAGAGGCGGCGACUCAAGCCGCAUGGACGGAUGCUCUGAACUAUUACGGGGUUUAUAUUCACCCACGUUUAACUUCAGAAAGCUCCUGUUGUGAGCGUCGGUCAGCUCUACGUUCUAAGAAGUUUCAGGCAUGUUUACUAAUGUACAGUGACAAUCAGAUGAUCUUAUUUAAUCAUUAAUAAACACAAAUGCAAUUUGUUGGAAAAAAAAGGA